UUCGAAAAACUGUUUUCAAAAUGGCGGCGGGUUACUUAGAUGACGAAGAACUUGAGAUGUUUAUAAGUUUGGAUGACACUGAUCUGGCAACAAAUGACACAAAUUCGUCAUUUCCAGUUGGAAAUACUGUUAAUUUCAACGUAAAGGAGUUAAUUGCUGUUCUUGAAAGGGUUUCUUCGUGUUUUUUAUACUCGUCCCAGUCCGCUGGUUACCAAGACAAGUUUGUAAACAUGGUUCCGUUUUAUGGUUGUCGUAUUCCAGAGAAAAUUGUGAAAAAGGUUCAAAACAUUAUGCAACCAUUUGCACGUGGAAUCGAUGUUAAUGAACAAGGGAGUUAUUUUCUAAAUUUUCCAGCUUUAGGAGCUAUGGCAAGCUUGGCCAGGUCGACAUUGCCAUGACGAAAGAAAAACAUAUCAUAUUUUCAAUUCGGAACGUUAUCUAAGUAUAUAAUAUAAUUUAAAGGGAUUUUGUGUUGAUAUUUUCCGACCUCGCAGCCGUGAAAACAAUUUUGUUGUAGAAAGUUUGAAUACGUUCACUUCUACAAAUGAUUGCAAAAAAGGUUCAAAACGUUGUGUAGUGAAAUUUGCU